AUGAUCUUCAAAAACCUCCUCCUCUUCACCUGCCUAGCCUACCUAGGCCAAUCAUCCCCCAUAACCGAGUCUUCAUCCCCAGAAACCAACAUCACCACCUCAACAGACACCGAGUUCCUCUCGACCCGCUCCUCAGACGGCGUGUGGCUCGACGUCUACCACUCCGGCUCCUGUGACAGCGGCUGGGAACAACAACCAACCUCGGGCUGGGUAUGGUCCGGUCAAUGUAAGACCCUCGAACAAAACACCUACGGCGCAAGACUAGGACAUAACAAGAAGAAAUGGAAGGAGUGUAUUUUGAAGUUCUGGGAGGGGGAUAACUGUCAUGGACAUGCGACUACUUGGCCGACUUUUAUGAGUGAGUGUAUUGCGACGGCGAAUAAGCAGGAUGGGCAGUUUUAUCUUGGGAACGGGGCGAAGAGUGUUAUGUUGAUUUGUUAG